UCACACGGAGCGCUGCUGAGACAGUCGACUGGAUAACAACACAGAAAGAGAAAUUCUGUCAGUGAAAUAAGAUGGAUGGAGACAAGGCUCAAUAUUCAUGCCUUAUUGAGUCUCUGAAGAGGAGACGGCGGCUAGGCCCUGACGAGCUUAGACUUAUUGCUGAACAUGACAGCGAUGAAGAUCAUGAAGGCAUGACCAUUGAAGAGGAGGACUUCAUGGACAUGGAGCUCUUGGAUGAAGGGGAAGAAGAGGAUGAAGAGGAGCAAGAUGAGCAGAGGGAUCAACAAACAACCUCCUAUCGGUCAAAGUUCAGUGUUCAUUGGAAGGAGGUAAUUUGAGGUAAUUAUCCAUUGUGCAUUGUCUUAAAUAUUUUGUAGUGAAUUUUUGGCAAAAUGGCGUAGAUGAGAUUUGAUAUCCUGUUGCCUCAAAACUGUUUACUGAAUUGUUCAAUGAUUAUCCUGAACAAAUAAUUGCUUUUUCUUGUAUUGUUGAAUUGGAUUAUUUGAAAGUUUGUUUUAUGGAGUGAUGUUCUUCAGUAGUGCUGAACUAUAUUGUAUUGUUGUUUUGAAAUUAUUUAUAGAAUGAGAAGUGUAUAUAAUUCUAAUAAAAAUCUUUAAU